AUGUCUCUCCUCCUCCCGACGUGCGCAUCACUCGCGCGGCGACUCUGCACUGCGCAACCGCAUCUCGAGCAAACCGUGAGGUCGCCCUUGUUAGCCCUCCUACAGCGACACCGAUCCUCACGACCGCAAUGCCGUUCCUUUGUCUCAACACCCCGCUAUCGGGCAAGGGUUAUAGACACGCCACAGAACCCGAGCAUUCCCCAAUCACGCAAGCGCACAGUUAGGAUAGGUCCUCUGCCCGAAGGUCCAGUCAGUGAAGCAACCAUACAACGCGUAUUUGGGCGAAGAUUAUCAGCCCACGAUGGCAACAACGUUCUGCGGAUACUGCACCACCGACGGACAGCAGGCUCACUAGCCGACUAUGGCGUGGAUAACCUGGGCAAGCAAUACACACACGUGAGCAGGGACACUGCAUUGAAGGGCCUGGAGUGGUUGCGAGAGAAAUACCCCAUCGACGAAGCGCGUGCAGCAGAGGAAUGGGCAGAGAAAGAGGCAAACCGCAUAGCCUAUGAGCUCUGGCUGGCUGAUCCCGAAACCGAGUCCAAAUACAAGGAUCCCGCUCGUGCUUUCAAAGAGCAGAUGGAGAAGGAAGAGGCCGAGAGGCAGCGCCAGGAAGCUGACGAUCGGAAGAUUGGUAUACUGCAUGCGGGUAAGAGUCAGUUUGAGCUCAACAUUGAGGAGAAGAGGAGACAGCGAUUGGAGGAGAUUACACGGAUAGCAGAAGAGAAGGAGCAGAAGGAGAGGGAAAUGGAAGAGAAGCUGGCGACCGGAGAGUAUGUGCGCACGCCGACUGGUACACAGCUUAUGAAGCCCGGUCAAACGGCUUAUGUUGAUGUCUUCGGCCGCGAACAAGUCAGUCGGAGGAAAGAGGAGAUGGAGAAAUACAACAAGGCUGCCCAAGUAACGGAUGCAAAGACGCCAGAGGAAUUGCUGGCACAAACCACUCUCGCGCAACGUCUCUACCCCAUGUCUGCCUUCGUCCUCCUUACCGUCCUCGUCUGCUACGGCUUCGCACAUUACUACGCCCCGCCUUCACCCUCGUACCGCAUGUUCCCAGACCUCAGUCCAACAACCGCCACUAUUGGCGCGCUCCUCGUCAUAAACGCUGCUGUUGCAGUAGCAUGGCGUGUCAUGCCCCUCUGGCCACUCAUGACCCGCUACUUUAUGCACGUCCCCGGCUACCCCCGUGCCGUCCAAAGCGUCCUCAACGUCUUUAGUCACGUGCAGUACGAGCAUCUCCUCGCCAACAUGAUGAUGUUGUGUCUAGUCGGGCCUGCAUGCUGCGACCUUGUUGGCCGUGGUGUCUUCAUGGGAACGUACAUUUCAGCCGGCGCUGUCGGUACUUUGUUCUCCUUAUACUGGGCUAACCUUGGUCGCGGAAACAUCACCGCGCACUCUGUUGGUGCGUCCGCGGCCAUUUGGGGCAUCGCGGCGCUGUACUGUCUCCUUACCGAUCAAGAGAGGAUCAAGAUUCCUUUCUUGAAGGAGGGCGAGGUGGCGUUUUGGCCCAAGAUGCUGUUCGCUGCGUUUGUCGUGUUUGAAAUUUUCUCCGCGUUGAAGAAAGGUAACUCUACUAUGGACCAUGCUAGUCAUUUCGGCGGCAUGUUCGUUGGCAUGGCUACCGCUGGCUAUUUGCGAGCGAAUGGCUGGCAGGACAGACCAUCUUUCUUGAACAGAGAGGGUGGUGCUGUGCAGCAGGGUGUCCAAGAGAAAGCUGGUGUGGAUGGCAAGACAGUUGAUGUUGGUGCCAUGGCGAAAGAAGGAAUCAAAGAAGUCAAGGAGAGUAUAUCAUCGAAAGUUGGAAAGUAA